UUAACGCCCAGGACGCUCUGACAUCAAGCUAGCUGUCUGCGAUGCUAAGCUAACAACAACAAUGUGCGCCGCCUGUGAAUUCUGGAGACCGGACCGAGGGCGAUGCCUGAGGUCCCACGGCAUCAUUCUGCUCCUGUUGACGGACGUCUUCCUGCAAUGCGUCGGCGGGUAUCUGAGCUCUCCUCAUGUCGGCCAUGAACCCCCACCCUCCCCCCAUGGAGCCCAGCACGGACCUGUCAUCAGCAACCCGGUCAUCCCUGCUGCCGUAUCCGCUCUGCCCAGGGACGAGGAGGGCUCCACGGCCGAGUGCCCCAGCGCAGGCCAGUGCAGCCGGCUCCCGUCCAGCUGUGUCUGCUGCCACUACCACCACAAUUGCACCUACGGCCAGCCCACGGCCUUCACCUGCAAGCCCAAGAGGGGCGUGCACUGCCUGGCCGAGUCAGGGCAGCAGCAGGCCAACUUCUCUCUGUGGGUGCCCUGUCAGUUCUGCUGGCAGCUGGAGCCCUCCCAGUACACCUGCUCCAACUCCACCGACUGCAUGACCGUGGCCUGCCCACGGCGCCGCUACAACGCCACCUGUGAGGUGCACGACCACGUGCACUGUUUAGGCAGAAGAGUCUUCAAUAAACGGUUGUUCUGUAACUGGACCGGAGGUUACAAAUGGUCCACGGCUUUGGCUCUUAGCAUCACUCUGGGCGGGUUCGGGGCGGACCGCUUCUACCUGGGUCAGUGGAGGGAGGGGCUGGGGAAGCUGUUCAGCUUCGGGGGUCUGGGCAUCUGGACCCUGAUCGACGUGCUGCUGAUAGGGGUGGGCUACGUGGGGCCCGCCGACGGCUCCCUCUACAUCUAGGACCCCCGCCCCCUUGUGAAAACGGUGCUGGGUGGUGCUCUUUCACCUCCUCCUCCUCAUCAUCCACCACCUCCCGGCAUGGCUCCCUCAACAUCUAGGACCCCAGCCCCCUUGUGAAGACGGGGCCGAGUGUUGCUCCUCCUCCUCCACUCCCCAUAAGCCAAGAUCCCACCCCGGUUCAAUCAGCACGUCGAGCCCAGCCAAACCCCCUCCACGCCCCCGCAGCAGACCCAACUGCCAGCAGGCAGAGCGCGUUCUCCUGCCUCCCUACCGGGAGGCACUACCCACACGCCUGUCAGAUCAAUCCUAAUCAUCCGCUACUCCGUCUCCUGUCAAGCCUGUGUGGAGGAAAUGUGCCCGGAGGUGUGGACCUGAUAAUUUUGUUUACAAGCGGCUCGGAGGAGGAGGCGCCAUGUUCCAGUCGACUCAGCUUAUUUAUUUCUUUGUGUGAACACGGCGGCGUCUAGAUGAGUUUAGUGAGGCUGACGAGAAGGUGUUGGAGCGGAGUUGUUUCCUGUGGACAAUUCAACAUCCUGGGACCCCAACCCCCCCCUCCCCACCACUCUCCCCCCUGCGGUGCGACUCCUUACACACAUGCAUGACGCAUCAGGAGGUUUUGAGUGGUUACCAUGGUUCCUGCAGGUCUAUGGAAACGCCGGAGACAACAGAAAGGCCUGACCCUGUGACAAAGGCACGAGGAAGGGACAGAAUGAGAGGCAGCAGGGGGCCGCCCGCACAUACCUGCAGCCCCACAAAUGGUUAUGUUACGUCCCCCUGAGUAUAGGGGGGGACACUUUCAGUUUUGUGGAAUAGAUGGCGUUCAAAUUGUAUAUUGCAAUAUUCAGGAGAAAGCCAUCAGCCAAAACCCGGCCAUCCGCAGCUGGGUUUACUUGAUAACAUCCCGAUGUACGACAGGUUGCAGCACUCAUUCCACCCUCACCGGUCAAUGCUACACUGAAACCUGGAGGCAACCCAGAGAUUAGAUUAAUUUUAUAGUGAUACACAGUGAUAUAUUAUCACAGUGGCUGCAACAUACAUUUUACAAGAACAAUCGCCACAUUUUUUGCUCCAGGUCUGAAUAUUGUAUGCUUUUCUCACAUUUAGGACAAAAUAAACGACCACACUUAGUUUCCCAUGAUUCUUUAUAAUAUUGAUUGUUUAUCAGUUAAUUUCCUUUUAUUCUACUGUAUUGUUGACAGUGCCAUUGCUGACAUUCGACUGUUGCGAUAAAAUGCUUUUAUUGGCCUGCUGUGUUUGUAUAUAAGUCCUUACUGUUGUAUUUCGUUGGAACACUGUAGAUGACUGUAAAAUAUCUCAAAUAAAACGGUGUUAAUCCAACCAUUAAGAGAAGUUGUGUGUCAAAGUUUAACUAGAUCAGCAUGAGCCCUUGGUGAUACACCCAAGUAGGUGGUAACUGCUUACCCUUUAGCUUGGCUCUCCUCUCAGGACUCUAGUUCUAAUAGAGCCCUGUUGUAUUUCACAUAGGCAAGCACUGUUGCUAGACCACCAAUUAUGGAGCGCAUGUGCAGAGACUGAGUCAACAGGCCUGAGAAGCACGGGCCCUUUGGCCCCGUCUACGCAAGGCCAUGCAGAUGCAGACUGUGAUUCGCCGGGACCUAUAGAGUGGCCUGUGGUCUGCUAUGGGUCAGGAAUUCGAAGGCUCAGGGCCAAAGCGUUUACCAAAAAUUAGGCCAGGAUUUUAAGUCCUGCUUAGGACAAGAUCUGUAUGAAGACUCCUGAUAUAGUAUUCCGUCUGAGCUGGGCUCUGAUAGGGUAUUAUUCUGUUUGAGCUUGGCUCCGUUAUAAUAUUCUGUUUGAGCUGGGCUCUCUGAUAGGGUAGUAUUCUCUUUGUGCUGGGCUCUGAUAUAGUAUCCUGUCUGAGCUGGGCUCUGAUAAAGUAGUAUUCUGUCUGAGCAGGGCUCUCUGAUAGAGUAGUACUGUUUUAGUCGGGCCUCGUGUG